AUGUCCUUCAAUAAGAAAUAUGCCGGUCUUCCUGACCUGGACCCUUCCCCGGAUAUUUACGAAACCCCCGACUUGACCGAUGAAGCAUCCACCCUGCCCACUGCCACAAUCCGCACUGACUCCGACCAUGACGAUGCAGGCUCAAACUCCGACAUCGACCGCGAGGGCGUCAACGCGGACCAGGCGCGCAUGCACUUCAUGGGCGCGGCCGUAGACGCCCGCGACGUCAAUUUCUCAGACAGCAUUUCCCAGAAACGUCAGGCAUACCGGAGCAAGAGCAUAAGCCGUCAUCGUCGGCGCAGACAGGAUGGCACAGAGGAGGUUGGUGAUUUGAGUGAUAGCGAGGACGAGUCGCUGGAACGGAGGCUUGCACGACUGCGGAGGGAGGUCGAAGAUCUCAAGGUGGAAAUGGCCAAUAAGCCACAGACUCCAGCGGCAGCUGACUCGACAGAGGAAACUGUAGGCGACGGCGUCGCAGAACUGAGCCGCGCCUUGGAUAACCUGCACGCGUCGCGAAGCGCCGCAGGUCCAUCGCACUCGGCGGCGGCUUUGCUAUCGCAGAAGCUUGGAUCCGAGACUCGCUCCACGGACCCAAAGACACAAUCCUCGGCCGAUGCGUCGAAGGGGGUGUCCGCAUUGCCAGCACCGAAUACUGCAUCUUCCGGGAUCCUCACUCACGCAGCAGCAUUCGACAGCCGAUUGGCGCUUCUCGAAAGCGCAAUCGGCAUUUCAAGUACCUCAAACCCCUUCGUCGUCGACGGCAUCAACCAGUCCACGCAGCACCCAGUCCUCCCAGCCCUGGACCAACUCACCUCCCGCCUCUCCGCACUAACCGGCCUUCUCGUGGGCACCACUCCCGUCUCCGGGGCAUCAGUCGGCAGUACCGCCGCGGGAACAACCCCGCACCUCGAGACACUCUCUACACGUAUUCGAAAAUUGACCACAGACGCCGAGGCGCUCACUGCCGCACGCAGGAAAGCCUUCGAAGCCGCCAAGGCCGUCCACAAUGCCCGUCUAGCCAGUUCCGACCCGGACACCGUCCACGCACUCGAAGCAUCCGUCGAUAACGAACACGUCGCCAAAGUCCAAGCCCUCUACGCCACCCUCCCAACCAUCCAAUCCCUUCAUCCACUGCUCCCCAGCGUUCUAGAGCGUUUGCGCUCCCUGAGGGCGUGUCAUGCUGGCGCCGCACAUGCCGCGGACUCAUUGAAUGAGCUGGAAAAGCGUCACGCUGAGAUGGCGUCGGAGAUUGCGCAGUGGCGUGAUGGUCUGGUUACUGUUGAAGAGAAGAUGCAGCAGGGUGAGGCUGCUCUACGCUCGAAUCUUGAGACUGUUGAGCCCUGGGUAAGGGAUUUGGAGUCGAGGUUGGCGCGGCUGGAGGGUCCGCCUGGUGGAUUGUGA